CUCGUCUUUCCUCCACAUCAUCCUAUCAAUCCAAUCAAACGAACAAUUAACACGAUGAGUGCCCCCGAUACUCACAAUGAACACUCCCCUCUACUCGGUACCGAUCACGUCUCAGAUCCACUGGCAUCAGCCUCCCGGAAACGAAUUGUCAUGAUUGCAGCGUCCACGCUCGUCCUCGCCUGUGAUUUCGGCUUCUAUCUGACCACCGCACCCCAGACAGAGAUUUUUCAGGAUAUCAUCUGCCGGAACUACAUGGCAACUCUGGGAAAAUCCUCCGACACAAUUCCCACGGAGGCCAUCUGUAAAUCCGAGCCGGUGCAGAGUGAGCUGGCGCUGGUGAAUGGGUGGAAGGAGACGAGUGAUGUGUUACCUGGUAUCCUUCUGGCCAUCCCCUACGGUGUGGCGGCGGACCGUUGGGGGCGCAAACCGGUUCUCCUCUUGGGGAUAUUGGGCAUCAUGCUGGGGGAGAUUUGGGUGCGUGUGGUGUGCUUAUACUCUACCCUCCUCCCCCUGCGACUGGUCUGGCUGUCAGGGAUGUGGAGGCUUAUUGGCGGCGGCGACAUGGCGCUCUCGUCGAUUUCCCUGGUUAUGGUAGCGGAUGUGUUUCCCAGAGAAGAGAUGGCCACUGCCCUCUUCCGCCUCUCAAGCGCGGUCAUUCUAUCCGAAGUGCUAGCCACCCCCAUCAGCGCAUACCUCAUGGCCCGUAAUCCAUGGCCACCGUUCAUGUUAGGCCUGGGGGUUUCCAUUCUAGGGUCGCUUAGUGCAUUCCUCAUACCGGAGACUUUGACCGACGCCAGAUCAAAGGCUGUCUCAGCGACGGAUCCCGACGAAGACGCAACGCAGACGGAGACGACAAUAGCUGGAAAGAACUCUCGGAGGCAAUAUAUCAAAGACAAAUUGCGAGACCUCCACAAAUCAACCCGGUUCAUCACAGACAAUCCAGGCGUGACCAUCUGUCUCUUUGCGCUGUUUAUCACGAGCUUCAGCAAACAGUCAACGAGUCUGCUACUACAGUAUACGUCGAAGCGGUUCCAUUGGAGUAUCGGCAACUCCAGCCUUCUCAUCUCCCUCCGUGGUCUAAUCACCCUAGCAAGCUUCCUCCUCCUAAUGCCGGCCAUCUCUUCCCUCCUCAGUAAGACCCUCCACCUCCCUAAUAACAUUAUAGACCUCCGCCUCUCCCAAGUUACCAGCGCAGUCUCCGCCCUUGGUCUCGUCACUAUUGCUACAGCGUCAUCUCGCGCAGUACUCAUCCUCGGUAUUGUGCUGCUGUCCCUCGGCGCCGCCUUCUCAGUGACCUGUCGCAGUUUCGUGACCACACUCGUCAGACCGGACCAUGUGGGGACAUUGUACAGCUCGGCGGCGGCGGCUAGCUCCGUGGGGAUGGUCAUCGCGGGUCCAUUGUUGGCUUAUGCGUUUCGUGUGGGGCUGCAUUGGGGAGAGAGCUGGUUUGGGUUGCCUUUUUUGAUGGGAGGGUGUUUCUAUGCUUUGGUUUCGGGGGCGAUGAUGAAGGUGAAGGCUCAAUAGUUCUGGGGGCGAGGAACAAAGUUCGAUCUUCUCAUCACCUGUUGCAAAAAUCGCCACUCAGCUACAAAA